CUUUCCAGUAUUACCCAAGUAUAAAUUUUCGGGGAGACAGUUCGAUUCUUGAAGAGCAGUAUGGAUCGUAGUAAAACAAAGGUUGCUGUAGUUGGUGGGGGACCAGCCGGAAUGGCAGCUCUUAAAGAGCUUAGGGAGUUGGGAUUCGACGUCACCCUCUUCGAGAGACGUAAGGAUGUGGGCGGGAUCUGGACAUGGACUGAAGAUCGUUCGAUAACCACGGCAUUGAAAGAAACGCAGUUGUGCAACAGCAAAUUCGGGGUUUGUAGCGCAUCAGCUUUUCGCGACUGGAGAACAGGGUAUGCUAAUACAGAGAGAAAAGUUGGCCUUGAGCGAUUUCCCAAUAUCAGAAGGUGGGCUUGCGACUCCUCUCAAUCCAGAUCAAAUUAUCCACCUUAUUUGACCGCACCCCAAAUGGGCUCCUAUCUUAGAUCUUAUGCCAAGGAGUUCGGCCUCUACAAGAACAUUGAGUUUGGCAAGACUGUCACACGCUUUGAGAAAAGUGCCGGGACAGCCAAGUGGAAACUGACCUUCGCGGACGAGCCUGACGCACCCAAAUCAUUCGAUAAAAUUGUCUGGGCCACCGGUGGAUUUCUCGAACCGAAGUCUGUUGCGUUCGAAGGACAGGACCAAUUCGCUGGCCGCAUUCUCCACUCCCAGGACGUCAGAAAUUUGGAGGACUUCAAGGGCCAAAACGUCAUGGUCUUGGGAAUUGGCAACACAGCUGGAGACAUCACGAUAAGCUUGGUACACCACGCAAACAAAGUGUACCUCUCCCACAGGCGAGGAACGAAGAUAUUCAAACGUUCCGGCGCGGACGGUCUGCCGACCGAUAUCUUCUUGACACCAACCGUUUGCGCCAUAAUGUGGUGGAUCGAAGCCCACCUUCCCUCACUUUUUGGCAAAAUCAUGGACAUCACCAUAGAUAGCAACUUCAAGGAGAACUGGGGUGAAAAUAAGGCGGCAUGGGGCUUGGCACAGUCGCCGAGUACUGGGGAUGGUGUUCACAUCAUCGUGUGCAAUGACGAUCUCAUCCCACUCAUCAAAGAGGGAAAAGUAACAUCUACGCAAGGGAUCAAGCGUAUUCUUGGACCAAAGAGGGUGGAGAUGGACGACGGCUUGGUGAUAGAUGACGUGGAUGCAAUCACCACCUGUGUCGGAUACUACGACGAUAUGGGGAUGCUGUCUGAUGCCCUCACGUUCGUCGACGCCCCUGGAGAAGCAGCGCCCCUACCAAAUCUCUACAUGGGUAUCUUCCCACUAGAGCAUUCGGACUCGGUCGCCAUCAUCAGCAAUGUGCAUCUCAACGGACCGCAAAUCCCAGGGCGCGAACUCGCGGCUAUGGCCGUAGCCCAAAUCUGGGCGGGUAACUCGUCCCUGCCCUCAAAACCCUCCAUGGAUACCUGGGUACGGAAACAUCAGGAGUGGCUUGGAAAGCGAAUCGCACGAGCGCAUGGUCUGCAUCGCGGUGAAGUUCCGUCGAUCCAGUGGAUGUAUUUCGUCCACGACGCCGCGGGAACUGCGCUGUACGACAACAUCGGUUGGAGUUGGAAGGCGUGGAAGCUCUGGUGGUCGGACCGGGAAUUAUACAAGGCGUUGGCGCAUGGUCCUGCAACCUCACACGGGUUUAGACUAUUCGAGACUGGGAAGAGAGCUGUGUGGAAGGAUGCUAGGCAAGCUGUACUAGAUGUCAAUGCGGAGGUGAAGAGGCUUAAGGAGGCGGCGGGGAAGAAGAAGAAAGAUUGA